AUGCCUUCCCAGAUUAAGAUCAAGACCUCCGCUCUCGGGCGACUCAUCAAGGAGGAGAAGCUGUACAAGCAGGAGACUGCUGAGCAGGCAGCUCGAGUGGAGAAGAUGAAGGCCAACGGAGAGGACGAGUACGACAUCAAGAAGCAGAUCGAGGUGCUCAAGGACACGGAACAGAUGGUUCCUGUCAUGCGAAAGAAGAUUGACGAGAUGAAGGCGUCUCUUGAGGGAAUUCUUGUGAGUAUGAGACGAAUUUUAGGAGGGAGGUUAGGUGGCAAAGUCACACCACCCUUGGUAUUGGGGAUGAAGCUUAUGAAAAGGUAG